UAAGAAAAAAAGGUAGUGGACCGAGUUCCCUCUUCUCCUCGCUCCAUUUUCAGCCCUCAAAAAGCUCUCACGGUAAGCUCUCUCUCUCUCUCUCUCUCUCUGAGACCCUAUCUCCUGGACGCAAUCCAUUAAAAACUUCUUCUACCUGCUUAUGAGAUAUUGUGCAUAUUUUGGGAUUCUGUAUGAAGAAGUGUUUGCGUAUAAUUCUUGCUCAAUAAGGAUUUAACAUGGACUUAGAAGUCCCCACAAAGCAGACCCAUGAAGGGUUUUGCUCAUUUCACAGUUUUCAUGGUCGGAUUGGGUCUAGGGUUUGUUCAAAUUUGAGCUCACUCAAGGUAUUUGUGGGCCCCAAAGCUCGGUUUCUUGUCCUUUCAAUUGAUAGUGGUACUGGAUUGAGAACACAAGAGGGGUUUAGAAAGAAAAGGCGAAAUCGGGUAUAUGCUGUUUCUAAGAUAGAGGCAUUUAGCUCUGAUAAUGGUAGGUUUUGGAAUUCUGAGAAAACACAAUUGGGUCAACCGAGUCGGGUGAAUUCCGUGCCGAGUCGUGAGUCGAAGGGAAACAAAGAUCUUCUUCGCUUGGUUAGAAAGGGGGAUUUAGAGGAGUGUUUUAGACGUCUCGAGAGCAUGGUUUAUCGCGGAGAUAUACCCGAUAUUAUACCUUGCACGAAUUUGAUUCGUGGCUUCUGUCGAAUUGGAGACACUGAGAAGGCUACUAGGGUUAUGCAGAUUGUUGAGGAGUCCGGUGCUGUUCCUGAUGUUAUAACUUACAAUGUUUUGAUUAGUGGGUAUUGUAAGGCAGGGGAUAUUGAUCGCGCCCUGAAUAUUUUGGACCAAAUGAGCGUUGUACCGGAUGUUAUUACAUAUAAUACAGUCUUACGUAGUUUGUGCAAUAAUGGGAAACUAGAUCAAGCGAUGAAAGUUCUUCGUCGGCAGAUGAAAAGAGGGUGUUAUCCGGAUGUGUUCACGUACACUAUAUUGAUAGAAGCAUUUUGCAAGGCAAGUGGAGUUGGGCAGGCGAUGAAGCUUUUAGACGAGAUGAGGAGCAAUGGAUGUGAACCAGAUGUUGUUACUUAUAACGUUCUUAUCAAUGGGAUGUGUACGGAAGGGAGGUUAGACGAAGCGAUCAAGUUCCUAAAUAACAUGCCUUCUUAUGGUUGCCAACCUAAUGCCGUUACUCAUAACACAAUAUUGCGUAGCAUGUGUAAUAUCGGGAGGUGGGUGGAUGCUGAGAAACUCUUAUCUGGGAUGGCUCAAAAAGGGUGUGCCCCAAGUGUGGUUACUUUUAACAUCUUGAUUAAUCACUUUUGCCGGAAGGGAUUUUUGGACCGAGCAAUUGAUAUUUUGGAGAAGAUGCCUAGCCACGGUUGUACUCCGAAUUCCUUGAGUUACAAUCCCUUACUAAAUGGAUUUUGCAAAGUGAAGAAGAUGGAUCGGGCCAUCGAGUAUUUGGAGAUAAUGGUGUCUAGGGGUUGCUACCCUGAUAUUGUGACGUAUAACACCCUUCUCACUGGGUUAUGCAAAGGUGGAAAAGUUGAUACCGCGGUUGAGAUUCUUGAUCAACUAAGUACCAAAGGCUGCUCUCCGGUUUUGAUCACUUACAAUACAGUGAUUGAUGGGCUCGCCAAGGAUCGGAGAACCAAACGCGCUUUUACGUUAUUUUAUGAGAUGCAAGAAAAGGGUCUUAAACCUGAUAUAGUUACGUAUUCGUCCCUGUUGGGCGGGCUUAAUAGAGAAGGGAAGGUUGAUGAAGCAAUUCAGUUCUUUAACGAUUUCAAAAGAUUGGGAGUGAGGCCUAAUGCCAUCACGUAUAAUACCCUUAUGUUAGGACUUUGUAAGGCUGGUCAAACCGAUCGGGCCAUAGAUUUACUGUUUGAUAUGGUGUCUAAGAAUUGUAAACCUACUGAAGCUACGUACACGACUCUCAUUGGAGGCAUAGCUUCUGAAGGUUUGGUGAAGGAAGCUUCGGAAUUAUUGGACGAGCUUUGCUCCAGAGGACUUGUGAAGAAAAGUUCGGCCAAACAGUUGGCUGUCAAGUUUUAGAUCAUUUUUGCUGUGUACCGUUCGCUAGGAACUUAGGUUCUUGGCUAUGGUUAUUGUUUUGGUUUUGGUAGGGUUUACUCUCUUGUUCUUUACUUCAAUCGGGCUUAUUCUUGCUAUUGCAAACGCGAACAAAGAGAUGGACAAUAUGGAUUGGAUUUGCUUUGUAUUCCUUCAGAUCUUACUGUAAUGGUUAGAGGAAUAUAGAAGAGUUAGAAAA